CUCAGGCAGAGGACAAGAGGGCCAAUAACGGCCGCGGCAGAUAGAGCAGAGGAAGCACUAGCAGACGAAAGAGAAGCGUUAUCUUCACCGACGACCACGAAACUUCCCUUCGCGGCGGAGCCACCACGUGUCUUCCGAAACUUCCACUGACAUCAGAUAGCCCCAUCCAUCCAACCAACUCCCGCUCCUCCUUGCUUCUCCUACUACAUCAUCAUCAUCAUCAUCAUCUCUCUCUCUCCACAAUUCCACAUAUAUUUAUGUUGAAAUGAGCGACUGAUUGUCUCUGCACAUCAAUUCGGCCUCCCCAAAACCCUAGCCCUAGAAGUGUAACUGUGUAAGCAGAGAUGGAUCACGCGUCGGAUGCUCACCGUACCGAUUUGAUGACCAUCACGAGGUUCGUGCUCAACGAGCAGUCCAAGCACCCCGAGUCUCGCGGCGACUUCACCAUCCUACUCAGCCACAUUGUUCUCGGCUGCAAGUUCGUCUGCUCUGCUGUCAACAAGGCAGGUCUUGCUAAACUCAUCGGGCUUGCUGGAGAAACCAAUGUGCAGGGUGAAGAGCAAAAGAAACUGGAUGUGCUUUCAAAUGAAGUUUUUAUCAAGGCCUUGGUCAGCAGUGGUCGAACGUGUAUCCUUGUCUCUGAGGAGGAUGAGGAGGCAACAUUUGUUGAUCGAUCUUUGCGUGGAAGGUACUGUGUUGUGUUCGAUCCACUUGAUGGAUCCUCUAACAUUGAUUGCAGUGUUUCCAUUGGAACGAUCUUUGGAAUUUAUAUGGUGAAAGAUGGUGAAGACCCUACUUUAGAUGAUGUCCUGCAACCUGGGAAGAAUAUGAUUGCUGCUGGCUAUUGCAUGUAUGGAAGCUCUUGCACGCUUGUUUUGAGCUCUGGAUCUGGUGUUAAUGGAUUUACCCUUGAUCCAUCCCUGGGGGAGUUUAUACUAACUCAUCCAGACAUCAAGAUUCCUAAGAAAGGAAAAAUUUAUUCAGUAAAUGAAGGAAAUGCCAAGAACUGGGAUGGUCCAACAUCAAAGUAUGUUGAAAAAUGCAAGUUCCCUAAAGAUGGAUCCUCACCAAAGUCUCUGAGAUACAUUGGAAGUAUGGUAGCAGACGUCCAUCGCACACUACUUUAUGGUGGUAUCUUUUUGUACCCUGCCGAUAAGAAAAGCCCUAAUGGGAAACUGCGGGUUCUUUAUGAAGUCUUCCCAAUGUCAUUCCUGAUGGAACAAGCUGGAGGUCAGGCAUUUACCGGCAAGCAACGGGCACUUGAUUUGGUCCCAAAGAAGAUACACGAGCGAUCUCCAAUUUUUCUGGGUAGUUACGACGAUGUUGAGGAGAUUAAGGCCCUCUAUGCUGCUGAAGAGAACAAUUAACCUUUGAACUCAUUUCUAUUUGAUGUUUGUGCAUAUUCUAGACUUAGUUACUGAUUAUCAAUUAUGCAUAUGACGAAACCUUGAGGUUUCCUGUUAAUGAGGUAAUACAUUUGAUCGGUGAAAACUCAAGGAUGUUGUAUUGUUCUCUUGUUUCUGGAAAUACUGUCAAUUCAACAAGAAAGCAAUAGUGUUGAUCUCCA